AUGGAUAAAGCCGGUGUGAUUACACCACAUCCUACACCAACAAGAAUGCAGCACCUCACGAAUGUAGGCACAAAUACUGUCAGUGAUGGCAAUGUCAAGGCGGAUCAUUUCUGCGCCAUGAUACCGUGUCCAAAGAAUGAAAGUAAGCCGACUCGGCUCAGCGGGUACUACAACAUGAGAGUUUUGUCAGAAUUUGCAACGUGUUCUCCAGAAGGGCGACUGAAGAUCAUGUGUGUCACACCGGAAAAUCAAGGACUGGAUGUAGCCCGAGCUCCCAGUUCAUAA